AUGGCCGCCAACUCGUCCAAGGGACAUCAGCUGCCCCGCCACAUAUCAGACAUUGUCAUUGUCGGCGGCGGAGUAGCCGGAUGUGCGAGUGCUGUGGCAUUUAGCAAGCAGGGACGGACGGUGGUGCUGUUAGAAAAGUGUCUGGCGCAGCCCGAACGCGUCGUGGGCGAACUGCUGCACCCGGGUGGUGUUCACGCCCUGCAUUCACUGGGCAUGGGAGACUGUCUGAGAAAUAUUGACGCCGUGCCAUGCCAUGGCUAUCGAGUCUCAUAUUUCAACGAAACCGUCAACAUUCCAUAUCCCGACGACCCAAACGCACCAGGUGAGCGCCCUAAAGGAUGCUCAUUCCAACAUGGUCGCUUCAUUCAAAACCUCCGUCAAGCGGCAGCAAAUGCACCGAACGUGACCGUAGUAGAGGCUAAAGCCACAGACCUCCUUCGCGAUGAACGCACGGGCAAGGUCAUCGGUGUGCUAGCAUACAGUGCCGGGGAUAAUAGGAAGGCUGCAGAGUACUAUGGCAGCCUGACCAUUGUCUGUGAUGGUUAUGCCUCAACAUUUCGGAAGAAAUACCUUCCCCACAAACCCUUAAGCCAGUCAAAAUUCUGGGCUCUAGAAUUGAUUAAUGCCAAGCUCCCGGAGCCUUACUACGGGCAUGUAUUUCUCUCUGAUGACCCUCCAAUCCUUGUCUAUCAGAUCAGUCCUCGCCAAACGCGAAUCUUCUUGGACGUUCCUACCGGCUUACCGAGUGCAAGUCCUGCUUCAGGUGGUAUCAAAGCCCACAUGCUUAAUGUAGUUCUACCGCGACUUCCAUCCGGCUGUCAAAAUAGCUUUCGUGAGGCUGUGGCUAGGGGAAAAUUCAAAAGCAUGCCUAAUUCAUUUCUUCCGCCUUCGCAACAGAAAGUUCCCGGCCUGCUGUUCCUCGGCGAUGCGUUGAACAUGAGGCAUCCACUGACUGGUGGCGGCAUGACUGUUGCAUUUAAUGACGUGCUAUUAAUCUCCAAGCUGCUUGCUCCAGAGAAUGUCCUUUCACUGGAUGAUUCCAACGCAGUGCUUGAGCAGAUAGGUCGCUUUCACUGGGCCCGAAAGCAGGGAUCCUCACUCAUUAAUAUCCUUGCAAUGGCACUGUAUACGCUGUUUGCAGCCAAGGAUACAACGUUAAGUGCAUUGAAAACUGGGUGUUUUCGAUACUUCCAAAUUGGUGGAAGGUGUAAGCAAGAGCCCUGCGGCAUGCUUGCGGGUCUUAUACGGUCGCCAUGGGUCCUUGUUUAUCAUUUCUUUGCUGUCGCUUUCUAUUCUGUCUGGCUGGUCUUGGCCGAGGCUCCCACGUGGAAGAUACCGUACGAAGUAGUCACGGCGACUUUGAUCAUCUGGAAAGCCUGUUGCGUCAUUGGGCCUUACUUAAUAUGGGAGCUCAUGCCCUAA